CGUCCGAGCUUCGGUCACACUGCUAAAAAUAUCAACAACUUCGGGGGAAAUUCUACAUUCUAAGAAAAACUCAAGUGCACUUAAUUUAGCCAAAAUAACAACAAAAUAGCAUAAAUUAAACAAAACAAAGUAAAUGCAACGAAAACGCAGUGCUUCGAGUGGAAUGGAACGUGUUCGGUAGUCCAGAAGAAACGUCUCGCGAAACGGGAACGUGUUUGGCCAGCCAGUUUUCGUUUGGUCUUUUUGUUGGAAAAGACCUGGCUAGCAGCGCCAUUUCGGGGGGAAAAGUGGAAAGGUGGACCCGCGGAGAACCGCUGCAAGGAGCGCCCAGUUUUGGCAGCAACUUUGAUUGCAGCAGCUCCCCAAUCCCGGUGGCCAAAAACGAGGAGAAACGAAGAAAAACGGCGAACGGCAAACGGAGGAGGCCACCAAAACGGGGGCGUCUGUCUGCGCGAGUGUGUGCGUGUGUUAGCCAGAACCAGUUGUCGUGGUGGUAGUGUAUGCCCCUGCAGGUGUGUGUGUGUGCGUGUACUGCUGGGUUUCUUGAUGUCUGCGCUGUUUUUCACCCAGCCGAGAGGUGAGCACACAGGUGAAUUAUCGGUGCAGCCAGCGACAGCCAACCACCUUGGCAACAACAACAACCACAACGACUACAGUCCGUGCCCGUAGAGCCCAGCAAUAGAGAGGGCAGGCAGGCAGCCCAUCAAUUCGAAUACGAUUACGAAUACACGAAUAGGAGGGCAGCCCGGCAGCGAAAAUGUUGCGUUUUCUGAGCCGACGCAAGGUGCGCAACAACUAUGUGGAUAAUACCCGUGCGGGUGGUGGCGGAGCGGGUGGCUCCUCGGGGGGCGGUGGUGGCGGCGGUGUCGGCGUCAUUGCCAGCGGCUCGCAGAUUAAGCCGCAACGAAUCGUCGUCAACAAGAACAAAAUCGACUGCCGCGUCAUUCUGCUGGACAACACUGACCUUUCCAUCGAAUUAUCGAAAAAAGCACUGGGCAGCUUCCUGUACGAGCAGGUAUUCUAUGCCCUGGACAUCAUCGAGAAGGACUACUUCGGGCUGCAGUUCAUGGAUGCCAAUCAUGUCAAGCACUGGCUAGACCCCACCAAGCCGAUCAAAAAGCAGGUUAAAAUCGGACCACCGUAUACAUUCCGUCUAAAGGUGAAGUUCUACUCGUCGGAGCCGAAUACACUCCGCGAAGAGCUCACCCGCUAUUUGUUCUUCCUGCAACUGAAGCAGGAUCUUCUGGAGGGACGUCUCGACUGUCCAGAUGACAAGUCCACCGAGCUCUGUGCCUUGGCAUUGCAGUCUGAACUAGGUGAUUAUGAUGACCAGGUACACUCAGCAGCCACCGUCUCCGAGUUUCGUUUUGUGCCCGAGCAAUCGGAGGAUCUGGAGAUAUCCAUUCUUGACGAAUACAAGACGUGCCGGGGGCUAACGCCAGCCCAGGCGGAAACCGCAUUCCUGAACAAGGCCAAGUGGCUGGACAUGUAUGGCGUGGACAUGCACACGGUGCUGGGCAAGGAUGGCUGCGAGUAUCACCUCGGUCUCACGCCCACUGGCAUACUCGUGUUUGAGCGCGAUCAGAAGAUCGGGCUGUUCUUUUGGCCCAAGAUCAGCAAGCUGGAUUUCAAGAAAAAGAAACUAACGCUCAUUGUGAUUGAGGACGAUGACGAGGGCCGGGAGCAGGAGCACACUUUCGUCUUCCGGUUGUACAACGAAAAGGCCUGCAAGCACCUGUGGAAGUGCGCCGUGGAGCAUCACACCUUCUUCCGGCUAAGGGCACCCGUUAAGGGUCCCUCGGCACGCCAGAACUUCUUCCGAAUGGGCUCCCGAUUCCGGUAUUCCGGCCGCACCGAGUUCCAGACCACGCAACAGAGUCGGGCCAGGAGAACAGUGCAAUUUGAGAGGCGUCCGUCGCAGCGAUUUGCCAGCCGGCAGUCGCAUCUGCUGCGCGAGAGGCAAAAGGCUUCCCAGGAGUCCGCUGCAUCUGCCGUGGCCACGGUCAAUGCUCGUGCUGCUGCUGCAGCUGCCGCAGCCGCUGCUGCAUCCCAACCGGCCGUGCCAGUGCCUCCAGUAGUAUCUACCCAUGUGGCAUCCCCGGCUCCGAGCCACGACAAUAACAACGAUCCCUUCGACUCUCUAAUAUCCACCGAUCAAUUUAUGACCGUAACGCCCUCGCCCUCCGUGCUCACCGUCAUUCAGAACUCGGCCAUCAUUGAACCGGACGCUGCUUGCAGCGGUUCCAUCAGUUCCUCCUCACAGGCUGCGGCGGCCACCUGCGCCUCCCUGGGUCGCAACUCCCUCAAGUCGAACUUUAGCAACGAGGACCCGGCCUACAGCAAAAUUGGCUCCAUUGGCAAGGCAGCGGGAUUGACUGUGAAGUUGGACCAGGAGUACGCGCCUCCUUACUCACCGAACGCCACCAAGAACUUUGAUGAGACGAAUCCAUUCCGGAAUGCCUCCUCCUCCCAUCAUGGCAGCUUUGGCAAGGCUUCCAUUAGCUCGGGCCAGCUCAGUGUUAAGAGCGGCUUGUCGGAUAAAGAUAGGGAGCUAGACUCAUUGCUUAAGUCCAUUGUCAAAGAUCCAUCCCCAUCAGUGCUAGCAAACGAAGCCAUUAACGAUGCUAACAGUAUCAGGGUGACCAUAAACAAGACCUUUGACAUGGACCACAACACGGAGACACUGAAGCGCCUCUCGAACGCCAACGAGAAGCCCAACAACCAGGUGAAGCUGGCCAAUGUGAGCACCACCGCCCUGCCGCCAGGCAAUAUAAAGUGCAAUAUACUAAAAGCUCGCGUUGAGGAAGAACUGGGCGCCGGAGGCAACGCCAAGCUCACCAAUCAGAUGUUCGUGCCAGCCGCCCACUCCAGCAACAUGCAUCCGAGCAACGCAAACAUCGCGGGCAACACCAACACCAACAGUAGUGGCAACGAUGGACCGGAUUCCCUGAACGCCACCUACAUAUCAGUGGGAGGCGAUAAGCUGACGCUCAGCAUACCGGAACAGAAGCCAUCGGCAGGCGGCAGCAGCAGCAGCAGCUCCAGCACCUCGAGCAGUGCGCCCUUCAGCAAUGCCACCUUUGUGUCUGGAUUCGUGAGUGGACCACUCACGCCGCCCUCAUCGCUUCCGGCGAAUCUCAACAACACUGGCACCAGCGGCAUUGUCGCCACCAGUGUGACCACCAUCAGCACGCCCAGCAGCCCCACAGCCUGCGCCGCCAGUACCACUGUCUCGGAGGCAGCGGCUCCUGCCUUGAGCAACGCCUCGGCAGCCGAAAUACUCAUUAAUGAAAUAUUCAUUAACAACAUUAUCAACAACAAUGCCACUAGCGGUAGUGCCGAAACCGCUGCCAAGCCGGCGGGCAGCAACAGCAGCUCAACAACAACAACAACGCCCAGUGCCGGCACCCUGCUCUUCUCCACGCUCAGUGAGCAAGAGCGCCUGGAAUCGCAAUUGAAUCAGAAUCUAAAUCAGAACCACAGCGAAGUCGAUGCGCCACCAAGUGAAAAGAAAUCCCCGAGCAAUUACCCGGACAACAGCCGCAUUCCGUACCCAUCCAGCAGCAGCAGCAACAGCAACGAUAUGGUGUCGCCGUGGCUGGUCUCAUCGGAGGUGGUAUCGGCCCCCAAGGGACGCGAGCCGACCAUCAUUCGGAAAUCCGUUAUUACAACCCAGUUGUAAUUAUUGUUUAAAUGUAUUCCCUUCUUUGUGUGUAAGCUAAAUGUUCGUAUUUAUAUUCGGUAGCUAUGGAAGUCUAGGGAGCGUAACCUAUUCGUAUUUUAUCAUAGACAAACUUAGACAAGUUUUAAGCAUUCCAAGCGAGAGCAGCGACAAAAAGACAAUGAGAGAGCAGGUCCAAUCAAAAGUAAACUGUCCAUAAAUGUGCCUUAAUGAUCUAUAUAUAUUUAUAUACUUAACAUAUAUCAUAUACACUGAAAUGAUAUCGAGAGGAAACGAAAUGUGCUAAACCGUGUACUUAAAAUAAAGUAUUCAACCGCUAACUGUAUGUGUAUAGACUGGAUUUUUAACAAAAAGAAAACGAAGAAAAAACGAAAAACAAACGUGAUGAUGGGCGUUCUGCUUAAUAUACUAGGCCUAUAUUAUAGCUAGGAGAUGUGAGAAGCGUUUUAUGUGCAGUAUUCCAAUUAACGACUAACAGACCACCAAGAACAACGAAAUUUUCAACUGCAGCAGCGAAAUUGACUGAAAACUAAAAAAAUGAAUUGAAUUGUGAGAGUAUUUUUUCUAAUCUUAGAACCCAACAGAAACACACUUACCACUUACCAACGAGAAAUGUUAAGUGCAAGGAAUCCACUCAAUUAUUUUUUGUCUAAGCAAACAGCUACGAUGUUGAAGCAUUUAAAUGUAUAAAAUAUUCAAUAAAAAGUGCAUUUAUGCACCAUGUAUACACAGUA